ACACACACCACACAAACACACAUUCACUCCACAAUCGGUGACAACAUUUCAAAACACAGAUUCACCACAUCUUCGACACCACAUCACUUGUCCCACCACUGGUCACCACAACUGGUCCAACACUCAGGCCAUACACACGCGCGGACACGAGUGGUGACCCCAUCUGGAGAUGAUGUCUAAACCGGUGCUAAGAGUGCAUCACUUGUAUUACGUGUUGUGGUGUUUGAUUCACGCCAUCAUCUCUUGCGUGCAAUUCAUUCAUAAAUAUCUGUAUUUAAAGUUUAAGACAAAGAGAUCGCUGGACACCGACUCCCACGACGACAGUCUCGUCCGAGCGUUGAAUAAAAUACCACAACAUAUCGCCCUCUGUGUCAACGAACGGACGCUCGAGUCCAAGAAGUUGUGUCAAUUGAUCCGAUGGUGCGAACGCUUUCGGGUCCGAUAUGUCUCACUCUAUAGCCAUUACGACACAUUCCUAACGUUGAAUCAAUUGGAGAAACAUUUGAUUGGUUUUGAGACAAAUGGUAGACAUAAAGAGACCGCAGAAGAGGAGCCGCUAACGCAUCGCAAGAAUGGCUUCACAAACACUCCAAUGAAUGGUUAG